CCUCCACUAAAUCCUCCAAUUUUCACCACUAAAUACACCUCAUAUAAAUAUUAAUACCAUGGUUUUCACUUGAUUUAUCCAAAAUCAUAGACAAAAAAAAACACACACACUCAUACAAAAAAAAAACACAAAUAAUACUAAAUAUCAUAAUGGUUAAGACAAAGAUAAUCUUCAUUUUGUUUCUUGUUUUUCUAUUGGAGUCUCUUGGAAGUGCAUAUGAUGAUGACAAAAAUAUUCUUGAAGAAAUAUAUUUUUCAGAGUUCGAUGAUUUUGAUGAUGUUUAUAAUGAAGAUGAAGAUGAAAUAUUUGAUGUAUGGAGAAAUAAUGGUAGAGGCAAUAAAAAUCUUGUUAAUGUAGAUACAUGUGGUGCAGCUGGUGAUGGAACUACAGAUGACACUAAGGCAUUUGAAGACGCAUGGAAACAAGCUUGUUCAACUCGAAGAUCAGUUUUUAUGGUUCCUUCAGGACGAACUUAUCUAAUAAAUGCAACCAAGUUUGAUGGACCUUGUGCCAAUGGAUUGACCAUCCAGGUUGAUGGAACCAUUGUAGCACCAAGUGAUCCAGAGGAUUGGGAUCCAAAGAGUCCAAAGGCUUGGCUUGUGUUUUCCAAUUUGACUGCAGUUACAUUCCAAGGAAAUGGAAUUAUUGAUGGAUCAGGCAGUAAAUGGUGGGCAGCAUCAUGCAAAAAGAAUAAGUCCAAUGCUUGCAAGUCAGCACCAAGAGCAUUAACCAUAGACUCAAGCUCACGUAUAAGGGUGAAGGGCCUUACAUUCCAAAAUAGCCAACAGAUGCAUUUUGUAAUAUCGCGAUCGGACUCUGUACGCGUAAAUGGUGUUAAGGUUUCUUCUCCAGGAGAUAGUCCUAAUACUGAUGGAAUCCAUAUAAGUGAAUCAACAAAUGUUGUACUCCAAGACUGCAAAAUUGGGACAGGUGAUGAUUGUAUAUCAAUUGUCAAUGCUAGUUCCAAUAUCAAGAUGAAGUCAAUCUACUGUGGUCCUGGCCAUGGAAUCAGCAUUGGGAGCCUUGGUAAGGACGAUUCUAUCGGUAUAGUGAAUAGAGUUGUACUGGAUACAGCAUUCAUCAAAGGUACCUCAAAUGGCCUCAGAAUCAAAACAUGGCAGGGAGGAUCAGGCUAUGUCCGAACAGUCCGAUUCCAAAAUGUUCAAAUGGAUGAUGUUUCGAACCCAAUCAUCAUCGAUCAAUUCUAUUGCGACUCACAAAAACCUUGCCAAAAUCAGACAUCUGCAGUCGAAAUAAGUCAAGUACUCUAUCGCAAUGUUACUGGGACAUCGAAGAGCCAAAAGGCGAUGAAAUUCGCGUGUAGUGACACCGUGCCUUGCAGAGACAUUACGCUGGACAAUGUCAACUUGGUUGCUCGAGAUGGCACUGCUGAGGUAUACUGCAACUCCGCGACGGGCGUUAUAGCUGGUUAUGUUCAUCCAGAAGCAGAAUGUCUAAACUCAAAUGACAAGAAAAUUGAAGAAUAUGAUGUUCAUAAUGAACUAUAAUUUUGCUUCUCUUUUUAAGUCUUCAAUCUAUAAUGAAUAUUGAAGCAUAUAUUUUGAUUACACAAAGCAAAUAGUAUAUAGUAAGUUUUCAUUUGUGUUAUAUUCCUAGCUUAGAUAUAAGCUAGCUAAAUAUUGACUAAUAUUUUUAUGUAA